AUGCGGCUGGCGGCGGCAGCCCUGUUGCUAUGCGCGGCGGCGUGGCUGGGCCCCCGGGCGGGCGGCUUCCCGGCCGGCAGCAAGGAGCGGAAGGUGCAGUUCGCUUCUUGGGACGAGGUGAACGUGAUCGCGCACGGGCUGCUGCAGCUGGGCCACGGGCUCAAGGAGCAUGUGGACAAGACCAAGGGGCAGCUGCGGGAGCUGGGCGGGCGGCUGAGUGCCCACAACGGCUCGCUGGGGCUGCUGCUGCGCCAGGCCCGCGAGGCGCAGGAGCAGGGCGGGCAGCUGCGGGCCGCCGUGCGGGAGCUGCAGGGCAAGGACCAGCAGCUCUUCAGCCUCUCCGAGGCGCUGCGCGAGAAGCUGCAGCAGAUGGCCGGGGACAAGGCGGAGAUCCAGGGCCGGCUGGAGCAGCUCGAGGACAAGAUCCGGCAGGUGCUGCAGGGGCGGCCCUCGGAGAACCAGAGCGCCAAGGAGCUGGGCACGCUGCAGUCCCUAAUGGAGUCUCAGAACACGAGAAUCGAGGAGCUUUUGCAGAAGAUCAAACAGCAGCAGUACAAACUGGACAAGCAGAACCUGCAGAUUAAAAGCCUGCAGAGCAAAGUCAAUCUCUUGAUCCCUCUGCAUCUUAAGGACAACAAAACUCAGAGUCUAAAGUGGAAGAUAAACCUGAAGAAAAGCAUCAAACACACCAACCAAAGCCAAAACGCCAGUGUGGAACCUGCACAGCCACAGAAGCUCCCGCUGGACUGCCAGCAGCUCUUCCUGGCAGGGGAAAGAAGCAGUGGUGUGUUUCAGAUCCAGCCCUUGGGAUCUCAGCCUUUCAAAGUCUACUGUGACAUGACUGCUGAAGGUGGCUGGACGGUGAUCCAGAGGCGUCUGGAUGGCUCCGUGGACUUCGACCAGCUUUGGGAAGCCUACAGGAAUGGCUUUGGAGACCUUAGUGGUGAUUUCUGGUUGGGCCUGGAGAAAAUAUACCACAUUGUCCAGGAGGGAAGGUACAAUCUCUCGAUUGAGCUGCAAGACUGGGAAGGAAACUCUCAGCUUAUUCAGUUCCUCUUUAGCCUGGGUGGAGAGAACACAGCCUACACACUCAGUCUCCUUGGACCAGUAUUAGGAGAGCUGGAAAAUGCCCUUGGGGACUUCAGACAGCUGCCCUUCUCCACUCGAGAUCAGGACAACGAUUUCAAAGCUGACACUAACUGUGCCAAGCACCUGUCAGGAGGCUGGUGGUUCAGCACUUGUGGCCAUGCCAACCUCAAUGGAAAGUACUUCCGCUCCAUCCCCCGCCAGAGGCAUGAGCGGAAACAGGGCAUCUUCUGGAAGACAUGGAAGGGGAGGUAUUACCCACUGAAAUCUACCACCCUGAAAAUCCAACCCGCAGAGCUGGAAACAGAAUCCUAA